AAUAAUGAAUUUUGAUCAAAUCCAAAUCCAUAAAUGACAAAUCCAAACACAGCUUUAUUUUCAAUUAAAUUUAGAUUUUGCGCAUAAAUCUUUUCAAACGGACCAAUAAUCACUAGGCAGUCUUCUGUAUUUUCUUUCCAACCAAACAAAUCCCCAUUUGCAGUGUUCAAACACAUGGCAUCACCUCCAAUUCCCACUCCAAGUCGGAGCCCCGAACUCAGGCAUGAUCCCGUCACGAACCGGUGGGUCAUUUUCUCACCCGCCCGAGCCAAACGACCCACUGAUUUCAAAUCCAAAACCCCUCAAAACCCUAGUUCCAACAACAGCCCGUGUCCUUUCUGUAUCGGACACGAGCAUGAAUGCGCCCCCGAAAUCUUCCGGGUACCAUCCGAUCCGAAUAACCCACAUUGGAAGAUCCGGGUCAUCGAGAAUCUCUAUCCGGCGUUGAGCAGAAGCCUUGAUAGCUCACCUGAGCAAAGCCUUCACUUAAAUUGUCCGGGUAGGACAUUGAGCGGGUUUGGAUUCCACGAUGUGGUGAUAGAGGCCCCGGUUCACUCGGUGCUGUUGUGCAAUAUGGCACCGAGUGAGAUUGGUGAGGUUUUGCUCGUGUAUAAGAAGAGGAUUGAGCAGAUUAUGAAUUGUGAAUCAAUCAAAUACGUGCAGGUGUUCAAGAAUCAUGGUGCUUCUGCAGGGGCAUCAAUGAGUCAUUCCCACAGUCAGAUAAUUGCGCUCCCAGUCAUACCUCCUUCUGUUUUUGCCCGACUUGAUGGUACAAAGGAGUACUUUGAUAAGACAGGGAAAUGUAGCCUUUGCGUGGUUCACAAAGAAAGGCUUUUCAUUGAUGAAUCAACCCAUUUUAUCUCAAUUGUUCCAUUUGCUGCGACAUUUCCUUUUGAGAUAUGGAUCAUUCCCCGGGAUCAUUGUUCUCAUUUCCAUGAAUUAGGUUCUGAUAAGGCCAUUGAUCUUGGGGGAUUGCUGAAGCUCAUGCUUAGAAAAAUGUCUGUGCAAUUGAAUAACCCACCAUUCAAUUUCAUGAUCCAGACAGCUCCACUUCAGGUUAAAGAAUCACAAUUACCUUAUACUCAUUGGUUUGUACAGAUAGUGCCUCAAUUAACUGGGGUGGGAGGGUUUGAAAUUGGAACUGGUUGUUACAUAAAUCCUGUUUUCCCUGAGGAUGCUGCAAAAGUUCUGAGAGAGGUCAAUCUUCCAAUGGUGGGUUGAAUUAAUCACUUAUACCAUAAAUUUUACUUACAUUUAAACAAGAGAGACAAAUAAGGUGUCGGUUUGUGCUGUGAUGCCUGUUUCAAAUAAAUUUGAAAUCCUUUUCUGUCA